GCUGAUUAUUGUUUUGUCUUACUCAUUUUCUUGAUUGCUUAUAGUGUGAUCAGUAACGUUUCUCUGCUGCUCAUUCCUCUUAAGGUUUGAUCCACAGCUACAGGAAGCGUCUGGUUGGUUAUUGCUGCCAAGGUGGGAUAAACCAGUACGUCAAAAGCCCUAAUUUUUACCUCAGGCAAGAAAUAACGAAGAUUAACCAUUCUCUCCUCCCCCCCCAAAAAAAACAAAAAACAUAUAUACAAUGGAACGAGAGCUGGACUACUGUGUUCUUAUGAAGGGGAUUGAAGAGCUUGAUUUCCAAGGGAAUGCUGUGCCAAGUAAUCUUGUGCUAAUAGGCAGCCAUGCCUUUCCACUCUUUAUGAACCCAAGAGGUCAGGUCCUAAUGGCUGCAUCUUGCUAUGGCCAGGGACGUAUAGUAGUGCUGGGACAUGAGAUGUAUUUAACAAGUUUCCCAAACCUAGUAAAGAAUGCCUUGACAUGGCUUAUUACAUCUGAGUCUAAAAACAAAACAGUAGGUAUUCAAAAAAAUCUCAGAUCCCUUGCAGUGAAUUUAUCCUCCCUCUCUAUAAAAACUGAGGUGGGAGAUUUCAAAAAUGAUGGUUUAGCAGUCUAUGUCACUGAUGCCUACAGGGUUGAAUCAUGUGCCAAAGAGUUAGUAGCCUUCCUUAAAUCUGGGGGAGGCUUGCUUAUUGCUGGUCAGGCUUGGAACUGGGCUCAAACCCAUCCAGGAGAAAAUACACUGCUCUGCUUCCCUGGCAACAAAGUGUGCAGUGUGGCAGGAAUCUAUUUCUCAGAGCUUCCAGGAAAAGUUGGCAAAUUUUCUGUGCCCAGGCAAAUUCCCUCAAGCUGGCUGGCCGUGUCGAUUGGUAAGGACUUCAAAGAUGACCUAAAGUUCCUACUCCAAGGUGUUUCAAUGUUUGAUGUUCAAGGUGGCGCUUUAGCAUCUGAAUUGAUGGCACAUGGACCCUUAGCCUUUCCUAUUGCACUUACCCCAUGUGGUAGAGCCUUUAUUGCUGGGGCCUACUAUGGACAGGGGAGAAUAAUUGUGGCCGGCCAUGAAGGUUACUUUGGUCGUGACUCACUGUCCAGCUUCUUGAUCAAUGCUAUUCGCUGGCUUGAUGAAGGGCGCAAUGGGGUUAUUGGAAUUAUGCCUCAACUUAAAGAUGCCCAUCGUAUUUUAAGCCAGUCAGGACUGAAUUGUCAAUUCACCGGAUUUAGAGAAGACCUAAGCGUCUUUGUCUGUACUUCCUACGAUGAUUCUCAGUGUCAAAAGAUCCAGGAGUUUGUUGCUGAGGGUGGAGGUCUUAUGACAGGAGGUCAUGCUUGGCACUGGGCACAGUGUAACCCCAAUCAUAAUGUGAUGAUGGAUUGCCCAGGAAACCAUAUAAUCAACAAAAUGGGACUGUGUCUCAUAGAGAACACCAUAGGUGGAGGCUUAUAUAAAGCCCAGCAAAUAACAAAAGAUGGGGACAGCGGUACACAGGCAUACCAUUUUUGUGACUUGCUGAAGCGCUUUGCCAGCCAUGUCAUCCAAGGUCAGGAUCUUACCAAACUUGAAGAGGAAUGUCUGCAGAAGCUGGGAAAUGAUUGUGCAAAUUAUCUGCGCAUGCAGGCUCAUGACAGCGCUUCCUAUACUUCAACAGUUGCACUGAUCACAGAUAUGGUGAAAGAAGCAGGUGUUCCACAGGUGUGUCAUACAUGUCCUGCUCAGAGUAACAAAGAUAAAAUGCUGCUUCAUGUGGGAAGUGAGGUGUACAAGGUGUGCAAAGAUCCAGAUGCACUUCUGCCAUUCAUCAUUAACAACAUACCCAACCUGCCUAAAGUAUCCAAUGUGAUAAUUCGGAUCAAUGUGGACACAUCGGAUUGUGAGGAAUGGAUAAGCACAGGUCUGUACCUGUCUCCUGGAAUGAGGACCUACAUCACAGUACCUCAAGAAAUCAAAGACAAAGGUUGGCAGCUGCAGAUUGGAUGUCAGACAGAUUGCUUGGGUGAGGCAGACCUUCUGAAACGUGCUCCUGUGGUGCACAUGCGAUGUGCGUUGGACAGUGAGAAGCUGCUGGUCAGGAAUUUGUGGGGAGGCCUUAUAUACCUGAUUGCACCACCAAAGAGCAAAGUGAAUGGGGUGGAGGUUGUUGUACAAACAGCCAUAAAAGCACCAUACUACAAAUCUGGACAAACCAGUGUAGCAGACUGGGUGAAGGGGAUCCGUAAUGCACCGGCUCCUUGGGCAGAACUUGAGUUUGAAAAUGUAAUCAUUACCCUACACUCAGACUUCAUACGUAAACUGGACCGUCCUGAUGAGGUAGCAGCUCUCUGGGAUUCCAUCAUGAAGGGUGUGGCUGAUUUGGCUGCAAAAUCUGCCAAGUUUCCCCGCAAGGAACGUUUUGUCGCCGAUGUUCAGAUCUCUGCAGGUUUCAUGCAUGCUGGCUACCCUAUAAUGAUUCACACCACCUCUGUCGAAGAGCUCCUGAACCCAGAGGCAGCUCGUACGCAGGGUAUUUGGGGAGCCAUUCAUGAAUUAGGCCAUAAUCAGCAGUGCUCUCCAUGGGAGUUUCCUCCACAUACUACCGAGUGUACCUGUAACUUGUGGUCAGUGUAUGUGCAUGAGGAGGUGCUGGGGGUAAACAGGGCAAAGGCUCAUCCAAACAUGACUCCAGAAAAAAGAAAGAGCCGUGCUGAGGAUUAUGCUAAGGGAGGCAGGAAUCUGGACAAAUGGAGGAUGUGGACAGCCCUGGAAACAUACAUGCAGCUACAAGGUAAAUUUGGCUGGAAUGCUUUCAAGAAAGUCUUUGCAGCCUAUCAGAACAUGCAGAAUGUGCCAAACGACAGAGAUGGAAAGAUGAACUUGUAUGCUGAAACAUUCUCAAAGGCAGUGAACAUGAAUCUGGCUCCUUUCCUUAAAGCUUGGGGUUGGCCCAUUCAGCCCAGCACUGAGGAAACCCUCAAAAGCCUGCCUAAGUGGAGUGACCAUCCUAUGGCCCAGUAUGCCUAAUUCCCCAGUCUCAGUCCCAGACUCUCUUGAGUCUUGGUAGGGUUGAUUUCAUAGUCCUAUUAUGCCUAAUGCCUUAUUCUCAUUAUGCUUAAUGCCAUAGUCCUAGUAUGCUUAAUGUCCCUUUUCCAGUAUGCCUAAUGGCCUAUUCGCAGUAUGCUUAAUAUCUUAUUCCCAGUAUGCUUGAUGCCCCUGUCGCAGGUUGCUUAACAUCCCAGUAUGCUUGAUGUAUGAUUGGUACCUUAGUCCUAGUAUCCUUGAUGUCCCAGUAUGAUUGAAGUAUGGUUUAUAUCCCAGUUCCAAUGUGCUUUAUUCACAAGUACUAGUAUGCCCCAGUCUCAGUAUACACAAUUGUAUAAUCCUGAAACCUUUUUUUUUCUUUUAGUGGUGGCCUGGGUGUAAAUAUAAUGGUGAUAAAUAUUAACAUACGUUUUCAAAGGUGAAUAUAAACAACAUGAUGCAGAUAUACGUAAAUGGCCAAUUAUUAAAUUGUUCUAAAACUGAGUAUAAUCUCAUUAUUCUUACAGAUAUUCUCCAUUUGGACCUGAAUAUGUUAAUUACACAUAAAUGUAACAGCUUUUAUAUAUAACCAGC